CGUCUACCGUCUCUCAAUCCCGUUUCCCGUCCCUUGUGUCGUGGUUUCGAGUUUCUGCGCGAACGUUUCCCGUUGGCCCAGCCGCUUCGUGGUUUGGGUUUUCACCCCUUUCCCCUUCUUCUGUUGCAUUUUUUUCCCCGCAGGAUCAAUCGGCUUUUCGAUGUCUGGUUACCAUCGUCACGCAAAGAAUGCAAGUGCGAAUAAUCCUUCCACCCGCUUUAUUUCGUCUUCCUUUACGGAGCAGAGUGGGGCGUAUUUGUUUCCCCUAAUAAGUUAAUGGUCCAUCCAGCAUGGGAUUGGCAUGGUGGUGGUUCAUCCACUCUUAACAGGAAAAUGGCGGAAGCAGACAGAUGGGUAUAAGAGGGUGAAGCUUCUGGGUUAGACGGAGAAACUGGAAAUCAAGACGGCGGAAGGGAAAUACUUGCUUUUGCGAUAGUUGCCUCUUUGUCUCUUUGGUCGGAAGAGGUGCCGGCCGCCGUCGGGAAGAAGGGCAACGGACGCCGGGCGGGAGACAUAUUAUUAUUGUUGCCUGUUAAUUAACUUAAUAUCAAUUUUUUUUGUUUUUUGUUUCUUGUUUGGGGUUGAGGGGUAAAUAGUAAAGACCGAAAGAGCAGCCUCCCUCACCACUCCCUCGCUGCAACAAACACGCAAACACAGAUCUCACUCUCUCUCCUCUUCUCCGCGUCCGAACUUUCUUUCUCCAUCCCAAUCGGCAAUUCUUUCUCUCCUGUCGAUGGGAACGGUAAUGGAGGUAUUGGGAUGUCCAUCAUCAUCGAUGGCUGAUUGAUUUUGGAGUAUGGUUGCGAUGCCCUUUGAUUUUUUCGCGCUCUUCCACUCCUCCUGCAUUUACUCUUGCCCUCACUGCUCUGCUCACUCUUUCACCCGUCUCCCGUUUUGGGUUUUCAUGACGCGCGCUCUCUCUCUCUCUCUGUCUAAUCUCUCUCUCUGCAAGCUCGCUUAGCUUUUGGAUCCACCGUCUGAUCUCCGACUGCAACAUUUCCCCCAACCUCCGGAUGCCGUCCUUAUUCCCUCUCUUCUGCUAAUUAAGCAAGCAGCUAUCACUGUCUCCGGCACUGGGUUUCUCCGCCUGUUUGUAUUCAAUCCCUGCUCCUCGCUCGCUCACUCUCGUUACUGCAGGGCCGCAUUUGAAGCUUGCAAACUGGGUCGACCAUGGCGAUGAUAAGCAAGCCCCUCGUCUUCACUUACAUCUACCUUCUGAUCUACAUCAUCCUCUCCUCCGGCGUCAUCCUCUACAACAAGUGGGUUCUCUCACCCAAGUAUUUCAACUUCCCCUUCCCCAUCACGCUGACUAUGAUUCACAUGGCGUUCUCCGGCAUCGUCUCCUUCUUCCUCGUCCGCGUUUUCAAGGUUGUGUCUCCUGUCAAAAUGACCUUCGAAAUCUAUGCCACUUGUGUCAUACCCAUAAGCGCCUUCUUCGCAGCAAGUCUUUGGUUUGGCAACACUGCAUAUUUGUAUAUUUCAGUGGCCUUCAUCCAGAUGCUUAAGGCUUUAAUGCCAGUGGCAACUUUUAUCAUGGCUGUAUUAUGUGGCACUGACAAAGCAAGGUGUGACGUGUUCUUAAACAUGUUGCUGGUCAGUGUUGGAGUUGUCGUCUCCUCGUAUGGGGAAAUCCAUUUUAAUGUAGUUGGCACAGUUUACCAGGUUACGGGCAUCUUUGCAGAAGCACUUAGGCUGGUCUUAACUCAAGUUCUUCUACAAAAGAAGGGCUUGACACUGAAUCCUAUCACCAGUUUAUAUUACAUAGCUCCAUGCAGUUUUGUGUUUCUCUUUGCGCCUUGGUAUCUACUGGAGAAACCAGGGAUGGAAGUUUCACAGAUUCAGUUCAAUUUCUGGAUUUUCUUUUCUAAUGCACUCUGUGCAUUAGCCUUGAACUUCUCCAUAUUCUUAGUGAUCGGAAGAACUGGAGCUGUCACCAUCAGGGUUGCUGGUGUACUUAAAGACUGGAUACUGAUAGCCCUUUCAACCGUAAUAUUUCCCGAGUCUACUAUAACUGGCCUGAACAUAAUUGGUUAUGCAAUUGCUCUUUGUGGUGUCGUAAUGUACAACUACUUAAAGGUUAGGGAUGUCCGUGCAUCAUCGCAGCUUCCUGAAUCUUCUCCCGAAAGAAUGACCAAGGAGUGGAAACUGGAAAAGAAGUCAUCCGAUAUAUAUGUGCCUAACAAUGGUGAUGGCAGUGGAGCAAACAUCUUGUCGUCCUCCGAUAGUGCGGAUGAGGAAGCACAACCGCUGAUUGCAUCCUCCAGAUUGUCCCAUAUUGGACGUACACAGGCUAGUAACCACGGUGGAUGAAUACAUGCUGCUGUGGCAUGUGAAUCCAGAAUUGCAGAAACAGGAGGGCGGGAGCCUGCUUAAGUUUGCAAGUCCGAGGUGCAUUACACUACGUCAGUGGCUGCUUCUCGUAUCUCUUAAAUUCUGCUUGGUUCGAUUUUGUUCUUCUUUGAGGCUAUAGUGAGUGCUCUUGUUUUGUCUGGCUUUCUCUAGGCGCAUUUCGAGCAGCGAUAGGGGGUUGUAGUAGCAUCAGUGUUUCGUAGUUUUUCCUAUUCUUGCGUACGCUGCCAUCGGUUGCAAAUCUAUUGAAAGUUUGUAACUACUGACUGCACUUCUACUAGUGCCACACGUUUGCAUAGAUACGUAAUCAAUCUGAGGAAGGAACCUGAACUUUUUUCGAUUCGAGCUAUUGCUGGUUUAAGU